AUGAGUCAACAAGAAGAAAAUAAUCUAUAUUAUGGUAGAACAGUUAAUAAAGUUUAUAAUCAAGAAUUUAUAAUAGAUAAACGAUUCAAAGUAAUAAAAGAAUUAGGUCAUGGAGCAUAUGGAAUUGUAUGUUCUGCAAAAUAUGAUGAUGGAAAUACAAAUACAACAAAUAAUCUAGAUAAUAAUAAUAACACAGAUUCAAAUUUAUCAUCAUCUGCUGAUGGAUCAUAUGUAGCCAUUAAAAAAAUAACAAACAUCUUUAACAAGAAAAUACUAUGUAAAAGAGCAUUAAGAGAAAUUAAAUUAUUACAAUUUUUUAGAGGUCAUAAAAAUAUAACAUGUCUUUAUGAUUUAGAUAUAAUCCCCAAUCCAUUAAGUGGAGAAUUUAAUGAAAUUUAUCUUUAUGAAGAAUUAAUGGAAUGUGAUAUGCAUCAAAUUAUAAGAUCUGGUCAACCAUUAACUGAUCUGCAUUAUCAAUCAUUUAUUUAUCAAAUUUUAUGUGGUUUAAAAUAUAUUCAUUCUGCUGAUGUAUUACAUAGAGAUUUAAAACCUGGGAAUUUAUUAGUUAAUGCAGAUUGUGAAUUAAAAAUUUGUGAUUUUGGUUUAGCAAGAGGAUUUUCUGAAGAUUUUGAACAAAAUCAAGGUUUUAUGACUGAAUAUGUUGCAACUAGAUGGUAUAGAGCUCCUGAAAUUAUGUUAAGUUUUACUAAUUAUACAAAAGCAAUUGAUGUAUGGUCAGUUGGUUGUAUAUUAGCUGAAUUAUUAGGUGGGAAACCAAUUUUCAGAGGUAAAGAUUAUGUUGAUCAAUUAAAUCAAAUUUUAUUAAUAUUAGGUACACCUUCUGAAGAUACAUUAAGUAAAAUUGGUUCAACAAGAGCUCAAAAUUAUGUUAGAUCAUUACCAUUUAUGAAAAAAAUAAAAUUUGAAAAUUUAUUUCCUCAAGCAAAUCCAUUAGCAAUUGAUUUAUUAGAAAAAAUGUUAACAUUAGAUCCAAAUGAAAGAAUUAGUGUUUCAGAAGCAUUAAAUCAUAAGUAUUUAGAAGUAUGGCAUGAUCCAAGAGAUGAACCAGAAUGUCAAAUUAAAUUUGAUUUUAAAACUUUUGAACAAUUUGAAGAAUUUCAAGAUAUGAAACUGUUAAUUAUAGAAGAAGUUAAAAAUUUUAGAGAAUUUGUUAGAAAACCUAUUGAAGAACAACAACAAAUUCAAUUACAAAUGCAAAUUCAACAACGUGCAAAACAAGAACAAGAAAAUCAACAACAAGAAUAUCAUCAUCAACAAGAAAAUCAACUCCAACAACAUCAACAACAACAUCAACAACAACAUCAACAACACCAACAACAACAUCAACAACACCAAUAUCAAGAAUUUAGAAAUAAAGAUAUAAUAGAUAUAACAUCAAGAAUAAAUAAUCAAAGAGAAGAAGAUUAUCCAAAACCUCAAGAAUUAAAUGAAUUUUCAUAUUCAAAUAUUGAACAAAAUUAUCAACAACAAGAACAACAACAACAACAACAACAACAUACAAAGUUAAUAAAUGAUACAGAAUUUCAAAAUUCUUCAUUAGGUCAAGAUUAUUAUAGAUUAGAAGAAGAAUUAGGAUUUGGAUUAGAUGGAAAUAUUUUUGAAAAUUUUCAAACAAAUUAA